AUGAGCCAACCCCACGUCAACUAUGCCCGCGGGGCUGCACCUGGCUUUACCCCUGAAAAUUCGGUGCUGCUAGAAGCUUUUGAGUGGUACUCGCCAGCGGAUGGCAAACACUGGAGGCGGCUAGCUCAGGCUGUGCCCGGAUUAAAGCGUCUUGGUAUCAACUACAUCUGGCUUCCUCCAGGUUGUAAGGCUGGCUGGGAGGGCAGCAACGGGUACGAUGUCUAUGACAUGUACGACUUGGGGGAAUUCGACCAGAAGGGCGCUCGCGCGACGAAGUGGGGCACGAAAGAAGAGCUGAUGGAUCUCAUGCAUGUGGCUCGCGAGCAUGGCACGGCUGUGCUGUGGGAUGCAGUGCUGAACCAUAAGUCCGCCGCGGACUAUACCGAGAAGUGUCAAGCUGUUGUGGUUGAUAAGGACAAUCGAUUGAAGGAGUUGAGUGGUCCGCAAGAAGUCGAGGUUUGGACAGGCUACGAUUUUGCGGCCAGGGCUGGCCGAUACAGCCAGAUGAAAUAUCACUGGCACCACUUCAGCGGUACAGACUGGGAGGCUCGACUGAAGACCAACGAGAAGCUAUACAAAUUCGUCGGGCCACAGAAACCAGGAUGGGCCCUCGAUGUCGACGACAGCGAUGGCAAUGCUGACUACCUCAUGGGUAAUGACCUCGACUAUUCGCAGCGUGAAGUUCGGCAGGACAUGAUGCACUGGGGAACCUGGAUUACGCAGGAACUCGGCCUCUCAGGCUUCCGUCUCGAUGCCGUCAAGCACUUUUCUUCAGACUUUCUGCAGUCGUGGAUCAGCCAUCUCGACCAGACUCUAGCCGGGCCGCCACUUCUCAUGAUCGGCGAGUACUGGAGAGAUGACCUCCGAUCACUAGGCUCCAUGAUCGAGAAACUGAGAGGUCGACUCCUGCUCUUCGACGUCAUGCUCGCAACAAACAUGUCCAAGCUCUCCGUCGCCAACGACGGCGACAUGCGUGGCAUCCUCACCAACACCUUGACACAGUACUAUCCACAGCAAGCCGUGAGCUUCGUCAUCAACCACGACACGCAAUCCCGCUUCGAGCGCGACCACGCCGUCACCGCCAUCUCCCCCUGGUUCAUCCCGCUCGCCUACGCCUUCAUCCUGCUGCGCGCCCACUCUGGCUUCCCCUGCGUCUUCUACGGCGACCUCUACGGCAUCUGCGGGCCCGCGCCCCUGGCGCCCUCCUGCCAAGGAAAACUGCCGAAACUGAUCCUCGCGCGGAAGUUGCUCGCCUACGGCGAGAUGCGCGAGUGCUGGGACGAUCGGCACUGUGUUGGGUUCUCGAGGAUGGGAGAUGCGCAGAGGCGGGAGGGCGUCGCGGUGGUGAUGACGAAUGCGGAGGUGGGCGGGGGGAAGAGGAUGGAGGUGGGGACGUGGCAUGCUGGGGAGGUGUGGACGGAUCUGCUGGGGGGUGUGGGCGGGAGUGUUGUGAUUGAUGGGUGGGGGUGUGGUGUGUUUACGUGCGCGCCUAGGUCCGUGGCGGUUUGGGCGAGGCGGGAUGGGCCUUGCAGAGCGGAGAUUGAUGGCUCGGAUUUGUGA